AUGGCGCAGAGCGUGGUUUACGCUGACCUGAGGUUCGCCCAGGUGCCCACGGGACGCAGCUCGCCCUGCCAGGUCUUGGAGACAGCGCUGUGCGAGGACGAGGCGGACAGCCCCUAUGAGAACGUGCAGCCGGGGAAGGCGCCCGCGGGGCCAGGGACGCAGGGGGCCCAGCCCGCACCAGGGCCCUGGUACCAGCGCCGCUCCGUCCCCGCGGGGCUGCUGGGCGCCUGCCUGCUGCUGCUGGCCACGCUGCUCACCCUGGGGCUGUGCUACUGGCAGGUGACCCGCCGGCAGCAGGAGGCCUCCCACGCACACGCGGCCGAGCGCGGGCGCCUCUCGGAGCAGGUGAGUGUGCGGGAGCAGAGCCUGGAGCAGACGCAGCUGGAGCUGGAGCGGACACAAGAGGAGCUGCAGCACGCCUGGCUCGAGGGCAACAGCAGCCGCCGGGAGCUGGGGCACCGCAACGCCGAGCUGGAGCGCGUCUCGGGGGCCCUGGGCAUGGUGGAGAAGGAGCUGCAGGACGUGCAGGGCAAGCUCAACGCCAGCGAGAGCACCGUGAGCAGCCUGCACACCUGUAUGCAAACAGAAUGCUGCCCCUCGGGCUGGGUGCUAUUCAAAGGCAAGUGCCUCUUCAUCUCAUUGGAGAAGAAGACCUGGCGGGAAAGCAAAACUGCCUGUGAAUGGAAAAGCGCUCUGCUCCUAAUGCAAGAGCCCUGGGAGUCCUGGGAACUGCCGCAUUUCAUGACAGCGAAGAAUGCCGAGUACUGGGUUGGAGGGAUAUAUUAUUCCUUGAGAAAUCCUGUUGUGUGGCUGAACAAGCACUCACCUAAACA